GGGGAGCACAGCACACGUAAAGGGAUUGCUUUCGAGUUUUAUACACUGGCGAAAUCAGAAGAUUUACAAGCUGUCCACCACUUUCUGAACAGCGGUGUGUUGGUGUCUCAGGAGGACAGGGACCUGGAAACAAGCAGAUAGGGAGCAGGAGCUACAGGGGCCACGGUGUCUAUCUGCUCCUCAGUUCCCCUGUGAGGCUGUCUUUGUGUCAGGGAUCGAGAGGUGGACACACACAGACAAGGACUGUCUAACAGCAGGACUGCACCACUUUGCAGGGCACUGGAGGGACACUGGGCGGAAGGUUAGCAUCUGGCUGGCAGAGAGAGAGGGAAGAGAGUGGAUAAUGUGGUGGGCAGGCGACUGCAUUGCCGAGAUUACAGAUUAGGGAGAGCAGCAGGUCAGGGCACAUCAUCCUGACAAAGCCUGCACUUCCACCAACACUACACAGCAGAAUUCAAUUAAACCCUACAGCUACUGGCAGGCAGUGGCCCAGCCUCACAUACACUCACACACACAUAUACAAAGAAUCUCCACUGCUGGACAGCUGCUGAGCCCCCCUUCCCUCUUGUCCUGUUUGAUGUUCAGUGCCAGAUGGGAUUUUUUCUUCUGAUUGAUUUGUCUUUUUUCAAUCCAGUCACUCAUAGCCUCAGUUCCUUUCAGGGCAUUCAUUGGUAAGCCCUUUUAAGGUUCUCGUAUCUACUUUUCUUAAGACUCUGUGGCAAUCCUCUUUGUCAUUACGGCCAGAAUGUUUUGAUUACUUUAGGAGCUUUUACAGUAUUGCUUUUUCUCUGACUGAAGAGCACUGGAAUUCUGAUGGUCACGCAGACUUUUUGAAGCCGCACUGCGAUGAAUAUUUGUGCCCAUAUUCUCCUGUCAAUCAGACUUGACAUGUCCAGAGAGCUCCUCCCCCAGACAGACAGACAGAACGUGGAUGCAGAGCAUCUGGAGGGCUGGUAGAUGCUCAGUCUGCCACACAGAGACAUACACCACUCACAGCCUCAAUGACAACUAGACUACAGGACACCUGGCCCUACGUUCUAGCGGAGGAGAACACAAAGUCCUGAGUAGCUCUGCUCUUUCUGCAAGUCUCAGAAACUCUAAAGUGGAUCUUCUGACAGAAAAAAAUGAAGCUUGCGCGAGACGGGCAGAGAAGUGAGAAGAGGGAGGAAGAGGGGGAGACGUGUUAUUUGUUCAGGUUGACUAGAGACUCGAUGGAGCUUCUUUCAUGCCAGCCUGCCUGCAGUCGCCUCCGCCUUUUACCCUCCUUCUCCCGUCUAGCCCGCUAGAGCAUACUACUCAGAAGACUGCUUCAGCACUUGACAGAGGACCUCAAAACACCAGGGCGGGCUACUCACAUGGAUGGCUGAGAUGACACUAAUGACUUGCUACCUGACUUUUACCAUGGAUAUCACUAUAGGUGGGACUGCUAACACAGCGUGAUAAGCUCUGACAGUUUCUCAGACUCUAGCAGUGUACAAUUUGUGCAGAGUUCAUCAGAGUUUUGUAUGUGCAGACACUGCUGGAGCUCCCAUCCAGGACUGGAGCAGUACGGGGAGUGGAGAGCCGGGCUGGUGGGUGUGAAGAGCGGCAGCUGCGUGCGGAGAGACUGAGAGUGGGGAGAAGCAACAGACACAGACUAUCUGACAAACUGUUUAGUGUGAGACACUGAGAGACUCACUGUUGAGCAGCGGCUCUCCCUCUCUCUGUCUGUGGCGCUGGGAGAGUGUUCUCUCUGAGCCAGCGUGAGCCAGCCAGCACUCAGUGGAGCUGAGGCCAGCAGGGUGGGGACGGUGGCAGGAAACAGUGCAUGGAAUUGGGGGGGCCGGGUGCCCUCCGUCACCCAGCACCGGGAGGGGCACUGGGGCUGGGGCUGGGUGUGGGGCAGCCCUGGAGGGGUGAGGGUCCAAAGAUCAGGGGAGCUGAGGCCCAUGUUGACAGGCGGUACCAGCGUGGAGCGGGUUGGUCGGAUGGCAGGGGCCAGGGCCGGCGGAGGAGGCAUGCGGUGCUCAUUGAGGGUGUGGGUUUUGCUGGGCUCCCUGGGCCUUGUCUUUCUCACCUCCCUCUUCUUCUCCAUCUCUCUGAGGGGGGGCAUUGGCCUGCCCUACCUGGAGCCCCCCGGGUGGGAGAAGUCCAGCCGAGUAAAACUAGUGCCCAACUACUCUGGUGUCCACCAGCUGGGCCCACUGGAGAGCACCCAGCAGCAGAAGACAUGUGCCUGUCCCCGCUGUGUGGGAGACCCUGGGGUGUCGGACUGGUUUGAUGAGAACUACGACCCGGACAUCUCCCCCGUGUGGACACGGGACAACAUCCAGCUGCCUUCAGACGUCUACUACUGGUGGGUGAUGCUGCAACCUCAGUUCAAGCCCCACACUAUCCAGCAGGUACUGCUGCGGCUGUUCCAGGUGAUCCCUGGCCACUCCCCCUAUGGCUCCUGGGACCCCGCCCGCUGCCUGCGCUGUGCCGUGGUGGGGAACUCUGGCAACAUGCGUGGGGCCGGUUACGGACCCACCAUAGACAGCCACAACUACAUCAUGAGGAUCAAUCUGGCACCCACGCUGGGCUAUGAGGAGGAUGCAGGCAGCCACACCACUCACCACUUCAUGUACCCAGAGAGUGCCAAGAACCUGGCAGCCAACGUCAGCUUCGUCCUGGUGCCCUUCAAGACCCUGGACCUGCUGUGGAUCACCAGCGCACUCUCCACUGGACAGAUUCGCUUUACCUACGCCCCUGUGAAGCAGUUUCUACGGGUGGACAAGGACAAGGCUCAGAUCUUCAACCCAGCCUUCUUCAAGUACAUCCAUGACCGCUGGACCAGGCACCAUGGACGCUACCCUUCCACAGGCAUCCUGGUCCUGUUCUUCGCUCUGCACGUGUGUGACGAGGUGAAUGUGUUUGGCUUUGGCGCUGACAGUCGAGGCAACUGGCACCACUAUUGGGAGCAGAACCGCUACUCUGGAGAGUUCCGGAAAACAGGGGUGCAUGAUGCAGAUUAUGAGGCCCUGAUCAUUGACUCGCUGGUUAAGGCUGGCAAGAUCACCAUCUUCCCAGGAAAGUGACGAGGGCUGAAGGUGUGGUGGGCUGGACAGGUUUACAGGACCACUAGAACACCCAUCACCACAAGGCUUUUUGAUGUUGUCACCUGCUUCUUUGUGCUUUGCAUAGAGAGGGAUCCAAAACAGUACAUUAUACAAUGCCUGCUAAUCAUGUUCCCAUUGUGGUAAGAUGAUGGUGGUUUGGGGUCGAACUACAUGUGAUUACACUCUGCCCCCAACAGGCCUACUACCUCCAUAGAAACGACAGAACUAUAGAGGGGGCAGAUAAGUCUGUCCUAGCCACUGUAUGGACCUGUGAACCAGUCCCAUCCACAAUCCCAAUGGCUCUUCCUCAGCCAUUGGGGGUUGAGUCAUCACAUGCCUUGGGGGUCUCACGCCCAGAGACUCAGUCCCCUCCCACUCUGUCGCCCCCACCGUAAAUACCAUGACAACCAGUGACGGUCACUGAGCUAUCCCUGCCAUUUCCACACCCACCGGCAGAGCUGCUGCUAAAGCCCUCUCGCUAGCCACACCUGCAUGGUGCUAGGAGCAAUAGGUAGUUGAGGUUUACAUGCUUUCAAGCCCAGAUGCUACUUCAAAAUAAGAGUUCCUGUUGUAAUUACAUGACUAUCAUCUUGAAGGUAUGUACAGCCCACAGGGAUUUGACCAUAUAUACGGUAUUAACCGUUUUAUUUGUGUUAACCAUUUUAAGUGACUAAUCAUACUGCUGAUUAGGUUAAUUGGGGAGAGGCUUACGCACAGUCAACAACACAAGCUGAUAUACAGAUAAGACUAAAACCACUCACUCAUUCACACAUACAGUGAGGCAAAAAAGUAUUUAGUCAGCCACCAAUUGUGCAAGUUCUCCCACUUAAAAAGAUGAGAGGCCUGUAAUGUUCAUCAUAGGUACACUUCAACUAUGACAGACAAAAUGAGAAGAAAAAAAUCCAGAAAAUCAUAUUGUAGGACUUUUUAUUUAUUUAUUUGUAAAUUAUGGUGGAAAAUAAGUAUUUGGUCAAUAACAAAAGUUUAUCUCAAUAAUUUUUUAUAUACCCUUUGUUGGCAAUGACAGAGGUCAAAUGUUUUCUGUAAGUCUUCACAAGGUUUUCACACACUGUUUCUGGUAUUUUGGGCCCAUUCCUCCAUGCAGAUCUCCUCUAGAGCAGUGAUGUUUUGGGGCUGUUGCUGGGCAACAUGGACUUUCAACUCCCUCCAAAGAUUUUCUAUGGGGUUGAGAUCUGGAGACUGGCUAGGCCACUCCAGGACCUUGAAAUGCUUCUCCUUCGUUGCCCGGGCGGUGUGUUUGGGAUCAUUGUCAUGCUGAAAGACCCAGCCACGUUUCAUCUUCAAUACCCUUGCUGAUGGAGGGAGGUUUUCACUCAAAAUCUCACGAUACAUGGCCCCAUUCAUUCUGUCCUUUACACGGAUCAGUCGUCCUGGUCCCUUUGCAGAAAAACAGCCCCAAAGCAUGAUGUUUCCACCCCCAUGCUUCACAGUAGGUAUGGUGUUCUUUGGAUGCAACUCAGCAUUCGUUGUCCUCCAAACACGACUAGUUGAGUUUUUACCAGAAAGGUCUAUUUUGGUUUCAUCUGACCAUAUGACAUUCUCCCAAUCUUCUUCUGGAUCAUCCAAAUGCUCUCUAGCAAAUUUCAGAUGGGCCUGGACAUGUACUGGGGACACGUCUGGCACUGCAGGAUUUGAGUUCCUGGCGGCGUAGUGUGUUACUGAUGGUAGGCUUUGUUACUUUGGUCCCAGCUCUCUGCAGGUCAUUCACUAGGUCCCCCCAUGUGGUUCUGGGAUUUUUGCUCACCGUUCUUGUGAUCAUUUUGACCCCACGGGGUGAGAUCUUGCGUGGAGCCCCAGAUCGAUGGAGAUUAUCAGUGGUCUUCCAUUUCCUAAUGAGGUAACGAGUGGAGGACAGAGGAGCCUCUUAAAGAAGAGAAAGAAAGCCUCUUAAAGAAGACAGAAAUCUUGCUUGUUUGUAGGUGACCAAAUACUUAUUUUCCACCAUAAUUUGCAAAUAAAUUCAUUAAAAAUCCUACAAUGUGAUUUUCUGGAUGUCUUUUUCUCAUUUUGUAUGUUAUAGUUGAUGUGAACCUAUGAUGAAAAUUACAGGCCUCUCAUCUUUUUAAGUGGGAGAACUUGCACAAUUGGUGGCUGACUAAAUACUUUUUAGCCCCACUGUAUAUACUGUACAGUGCCUUCAGAAAGUAUUGCAGCCUGAAUUCAAAAUGGAUGUUUUUUUAAUUUCACCAAUCUACACACAAUAGCCCAUAAUGACAAGGUGAAAACAACAUGUUUUUAGAUAUUUUUUCAAAUUAAUUGUAAAUGAAAUAUAGAAAUAUCUAAUUUACAUAAGUAUUCACACCCCUGAGUCAAUACAUGUUAGAAUCACCUUUUGCAGGGAUUACAGCUGUGAGUCUUUCUGGGUACGUCUCUAAGAGUUUUGCGCAUCUGUAUUGUACAAUAUUUGAACAUUAAUAUUUUUUUCAUUCUUCAAGCUCUGUCAAGUUGCUUGUUGAUCAUAGCUAGACAGCCAUUUUUAAGUCUUGUCAUAGAACUUCAAGCCGAUUUAAGUCAAAACUGUAACUACGCCACUCCAGAACAUUCAAUGUCGUCUUGGUAAGAAACUCCAGUGUAUAUUUGGCCUUGUGUUUUAGGUUAUUUGAAAAUAUAUAUAGCCGUCAUCCAAAAUGCCAUGACCAUCUCAGCCAUUGUUGGGCAUGCGUGUGUGUGAGCGAGAGCUGAAGAAAGACAUGUGAUUCUCUUAGUUUGAUUUUCAGGAAGAGCCCUCAUAAUAAAGACCCAUAUCAAUUAUUUCCAGCCAUGUGACAACACACACUUCCAUGCUUGCGUGCCUUUUCCCAUUGUUGGCCAUACAGUACCUUUCCUGUAGUGCACCAUAAACCUCAGCUACAGUACGGUGCUAUCUUUAAGUUUUGGUAGUCAUGCACAUUCACACACCUACUAUAAAUACCUGCAUGUGCUAUUCAAAUCUUACUGUUUAUUAUUCAUGUCUCUUACACAUGCACAUUCUGAGGGAUUCAAAUGGCUUCUUUUCCCUGAUUUAGAUCACACACACGUACAUUAUACACACCCCCUGGUCUCGGCUUGGCUGAGAGCUGUGCCUUCUGGACCCACACACAUACGUUUCACUCUGCCUUUCUCUCGGAGCCACGUAGUAAGGCUUUCUUUAUGUUACUUUUUAUACAGAACACAUUACCUUGACAUGAACUCUAUCUGUGACGACUAGUUUUGGGUGAUAUGACAAUGGCUGAAUGAAUUUGCUGUGCUCAAUCUGUGUUUUGCCGUUGUCGGUGAGCUAACGUGUUCCAAGAUGACAGCCAAUGGCGAUGUGUCUAGUGCUUAAAACACAUCUCCACCCUGUUUCACAUGGAAAGUCUAAAUAUUCCCACCACUUUUCUGGGUGGUGCUGUCCGUGCCAGAAAUAGAAUGUGCAAUAUUUCACCAAAGAGUAUCAAACAUAAUUAACAUUGUUCUAAUGACAUCUAUAUCUUUAAUUCCAUUACUCCCUAUCACUUUUGUAACUCUAUAAAUGUUUAUUCAACAGUAUAUAAGGCCCAUAUGUAAUGUAUCAAUAAAGCUAGCCCACUGAUGCUUAACGCCACGUCCUAGCUGAACUUGCAUCAUUUUGUUUUCACACAGUAAGGACACAGUAUUUCCCCUAUUAUGUUGUUCAAUUGCAGUGUACCUUCUGGGAAGUUGACUGUGUGAAAGGUGAGAUCCCUUUCCAAUCUGCUGUCCCUGAGUGUAUCGUUAGAUAAUGGAAUGUUUUUUUAAUGUAUAUUGGUUCUGGUUUGUAGCGUUACCUAAAUGGUUACUUAUGACACAUACUGUAUCCAUUCUGUUGCAUUGUUUAGGUGGUCUGCAUCUCCAGCUCUUCAUUAGAGUUCUCUUGUGCACAACAGUAUUCACCGACAACAGUGUACAUAGUGUUACUAUCGUAUUACUACUAUUACCAAUCGUAUCCUCAUUGGUGUUAUGACUAUCAUUGGGUCAGUCGGUACUCCAUCUCUAUUUUAAAACUCGAUCUAUAUGAUGGACUGUUUUUAUCAUAUGCUAUUGUAAAAUAAAAACUAAAUGAAACAAA